UCAGGGUGGAGAAACUGUAAUAAGUGAGUUUUUAACAUUUUUGCUUAAAAGAAUUACAUAAAUGAUUACUCAGUUACAAUGUAGGAGAGGUGGGUUACGUGUGUGUGCCCAGACACCUAUUGUUUUCCGUCCAUGACCUGAGCUGGUGUUGAACUGAGGGCACGGUUGCAGACAAAUGAAAGAUGAUUAACACAUCCACGGAUUUUCAUUUGCGUGACCUACAUUUGAAAACAAUUUGUCGCCAUCUAGAGGAGAAAUUAAGUAACACAGGAGACCGACACCAUCUUCGUAUCGGUCAAGCAGCGCUAAACUAUGUCCAAAAUCUAUUGAUACCAAAGAAAAACUGUCACACACUGACAAAUUUAUGUCACCAUCUGAUACUCUUUCUCUUUGCAGUUUCCCCAUGACGUCAUCAACAGGCGCAUUUAUUUACUUCUGGUCCAGUUAGCCGCUGCUUCGCUGCAAUGGAAGUAAACAGGGAAGAAGCGGAGCGCUGCAUUGAUAUUGCAACUGUGGCAUUAACCAACGACCAGCCGGAGAAGGCAAAAAGGUUCCUGGAGAAGGCACAGAGACUCUUCCCGACAGAGAAAGCCAAGGUACUGCUGGACCUAAUAGCAAAGAAUGGAUUUAUGCCUAGACAAGGAGCCCAUGCAGACGUUGGUGGGGGCACAGUCCCUCGACAGCGACAGACCACCAGUGAGGACACCAGGCCUGAAGAAAAGCCCUCGGACACCUCAAAACCCUAUACGGCAGAUCAGCUGGAAGCUGUGAGGAGAAUAAAACAAUGUAAAGACUUCUAUGAAAUUCUUGGAGUCCAGAAAGAUGUCUCUGAGGACGAACUCAAAAGAUCAUAUAGAAAACUUGCUUUGAAAUUCCAUCCAGACAAGAAUCAUGCUCCAGGUGCAACAGAGGCAUUUAAAGCUAUUGGCAACGCGUAUGCUGUUCUCAGCAACAAUGCCAAAAGAAGGGAGUAUGAUCAAUGUGGAGAAGAGAAAAAACACCCUUCAAGACACGGUCCAGAUAACAGAAACUUUGAGCCAGAUAUUUCACCUGAAGACCUAUUUAACAUGUUCUUUGGAGGAGGUUACCCAGCAAGUGAUGGUAAUGUGUACGCUAAUGGCAGGAUGCGUUACCAAAGGCGAGAGAGAAGAGAGCGACAACGAGAUGGCGGUCUUGCUGUGUUUGUGCAGGUCAUGCCCAUCCUCAUCCUGGUUAUUGUGUCAGCUCUCAGCCAGAUAAUGGUCAGCAGCCCCCCCUACAGCCUCAGCUUCAGGCCGUCAGGAGGUUAUACACAGAAGAGGCUGACUGAGAACCUGAAAGUGCCAUACUAUGUGGGGGAGCAGUUCUCCAAAGAGUUCACUGGAGUGAAUCUGAAGAACUUGGAGAGGACGGUGGAGGAUGACUACAUUUCCAACCUUCGCAACAAUUGCUGGAAGGAGAAACAGCAAAAGGAAGGCAUGCUAUACAGAGCUCGCUAUUUUGGAGACACUGAUCUGUACCAAAGAGCACAGAAGGCUCGCACACCAAGCUGCGCCAAGCUGUCUGAGAUCACAGCUUCAUUACAUGCUUGAGGCUGCUUUCAUAAUUAAAUUUCCAGAUUCAACAACAUAAGGGAUCAUUUGCUGUAAAUAGACGAGCUUUCACAGUCUGGAGACUGAAGGUGACUCCACAAGCAACACAAACAAACCAGCACCAGUCUGCAUCAAAGUGACAACACAAACUGGUUGCUAUGACCUUUAGUAUGUAAAAUUAAUGGGCUAAUGUUUUAAAAUGGAAAAAUGGUUUUAAAUAGCUUGUCCUAAUGACAAGAUAUAGGUUUGGAACAUAUCCAAACCCCAGUUUUGAGUGGAAACCAUGAAGCUGGCAGAGAUCAGCCUCAGUCUGAAACCAGAACCUAGUUUGAUAAGAUUUAGUUGUUAAGAUGUUAUUUAUGUAGCAGUUGAUUAGAUAAAACAGUAAAUGCUUCCUUUUUAAUUUUAUGCAGUCAAAUCAGUAGAGGUGUUUGAGGGGAAUUUGCUGAUUUGACUUCAAAGCAUAUUCUUAAACUAUGCAGGAAAAAUAUGAAACCUCUGAUGAAUAUACAUUCAUGUCUAAGGUUUGACACUUGAACACCUGAGAGUAGUCUUCUUCUUCUUCUUCUUCUGCCAUGUGUGUGCGAGAUAGCAAUUAGUAAAUGUCCCUUUACAUUUUGCCUCUGUUAAUUGUAUUAAGGAUGGCAUUUUAUAGGAUAACAUGAUGGCACUUCACAGUACAUGCCAAGAGAAUGAGCGAUGUGCCUACCUACUUUAACAGAUUCUGGUUUUGGAGAGUAAUGUCUCUGAUGAACAUCAUCUGUUGGAUAAAGGAAUUUGUCACAAUUUUUAAGUUUAUAGUAUGCACUUUAUUGUUUGUAUUUAUUUAAAAUGUAUUAUCAGACUAAGAAACUUAUACAGAGCUGGUUCACUUUUUCCCACCAGAUUUUUACUCCCAGAUGAAAAUAAAUAUGAAUGUUAAAUGUGUGAUUCAUCCCUCUGAGAAGAACAAGCACAGAAAUGUGGAGACAAAUGCUUAGUCAGCACAUCUGGCUCAUAAAAGCCCUGCUGGCUGGCUAGCUGACACCAGGAACUGGAAACAUGGCUGUGCGCAUGUUCACUUUUUGUGAGACGUGCAGAAUGUGUUUGGCAGGAACUCCUGCGUCACAUUCAUUCACAGCAAAUGUACUCAGCUGGUGUUGCAGGCUUUGCACAUCUGCUUCCUGCUAUUAACGUGCAGAUUCACACAUUUUUCGCCACCGUUACACACGCUGUGCCUGCCAGCCCAUCUAUAUGACAAUAUAGUAUAUUCCUCAUUGCAACAGAAAUCUUAGCAUUGGAAUAGUUUGUCAAAAAUCAUUAUACAUUUCUGUAUAUAAUAACAAACUUAUUUUCUCAAAUUUCAAUAGGAAACCUGAACUUGGAUGCACACUAGCUAUAGAUUAUUUCAAUGUGACAGGUUUUGUGAAAUAAGAUGGUAGAAAAGGCAGUUGUUUAAAAAAAAUAAUUUAUUGCAAUCAUUAAAGUACAAAAACAGUGCAAUGUUAUGUGUAUUUGAAUGUCAAAUAAAGUGGAAAACAGGACAGGUUAUAUGCGCACACAGGCUCAAGUUGCAGCUAUUCUGCUCUUGACUUCCAGCAGUCACUGUGGUCCUUAAUGGUCUGCUUUGUUUACAGUUAAAUUAACGGCCAUGUAUGGUCUUCAGUGGAUAUAACCAUAUAGGUAGCUGCCACUGUAUGGUUCAAUAGGAACUGGAGGUAUGCAUUUUUAAUACUUGCAAAACACCUAUUUACCAGAUAUAAUGUGAUGGUUACAUGUCACAAUUUGAAAAUGUACUCUGAAAUCUGAA